UCAGAGGGAUCUGUUUGUAAAUAUGUGGAAUGGACCUUGCUAUAUUCCAGGAGAUCACCUGUGGGCUGGUGAAUGGGUUGACUGAGGCUGGAGUGCGCAUGCACCCAGCUCACCCCCCCCCCCCCCCCCCACAUCUCUGUUUUGCCCCCCUUCCUGCAGUACUCCUUCCUGCUGGGUUGGCUUUCUGUUCCCGCCUGGAGCUGAACGAGAGACACACACAGAGAGGGAGAGAGAGAGAGAGACAGAGAAGAUCGAGCUGUUGCCUUCUCCUCAGGAGCCUCGACCCUGGCCCUUGGCAUGGCAGCUACAUUGUAACUGAGAUCAUUCUUGGUGGACAGCUUUCUUCAAGAUCAGGGGAGAGUGUCCUUGUUCUGCCGGGAAGAGACUCUGCUCCAGAAAAAUGGCAUCUUCACCUAUUAAACCAACAUACCCCUCAAAGAAGAGAGUUAAAAUCCACCCAAACACAGUGACUGUGAAAUAUACAGCACAUUACCCACAGCCUGAAGAAGAGGGCUAUGAAGACACAUACCUAGAUAGUGAAAAUUAUAUCGAAGAUAACCCAAAGAAAAAACUCCUAGGUGAUACUAAAAAACAAGGAAGAACAUACUUUGGGUCAAUCGAUGUCCAUCAGAGUUUGUCAGAAGAACAGAAAGAUAAAGGGACAGGACAACAGACAGAAAGUGUGGUCUCUGAGCCAAGAAUAACCUGGGUAGCUUUGUUUGGAGCUGCCUUGGCACAUGGUUGUGUUGCUUUAAUUACUCGUCUUGCUGCUGAUCGGUCCAAAGUGCCAUCGCUGGAACUUCUCUUCAUCCGUUCAGUGCUGCAGAUUUUUGCUGUUGUGGUUGUCUGCUAUGGCAAUGAGCAUCCUCUUGGACCCAAAGGAUACAGAAUGGGUCUGUUUCUCUAUGGAGUAUGCAAUGUCAUUUCCAUCACCUGCGCCUACACCUCCUUUGCAAUUGUGCCCCCAAGCAAUGGAACCAUUAUGUGGAGAGCCACUACCACAGUGUUCAGUGCCAUUCUGGCCUUUCUACUCGUAGAUGAAUGCUUGGACUACACUGACAUUGUCACUGUGGUCUGCAGUGUCUUUGGCCUUUGCCUAGUAAUGAUCCCCAAUAUUGUUGAUGAAGAUAAUUCGUUCGUGGGCCUUUGGAAGGAAGCCUUUGGCUAUACCAUGACAGUAAUGGCUGGGUUAACCACAGCUCUGGCCAUGAUCAUUUACAGAGCUAUCAAAGAAAAAGUUAGCAUGUGGACUGCUCUUUUCACCUUUGGAUGGACAGGUACAGUUUGGGGUGCAUCCACAAUGUUUAUCUUACAAGAGCCUAUUAUACCAUUGGAUGGAGAAACCUGGGGGUAUUUAUUAGGGAUCUGUAUCUGUUCUACUGUGGCUUUCUUAGGUGUAUAUUAUGCAUUAAAUCGAUUCCACCCAGCAUUAGUUAGCACAGUCCAACACUUAGAGAUCGUAGUGGCUAUGAUACUCCAGUUACUUGUCCUCCAUAUGUUUCCAAGCAUAUACGACCUUAUUGGUGGAUCAAUCAUCAUUUUUAGUGUCUUCGCACUUACCGCUUACAAGCUUUACUGGGUCAACCGUCAUGGCAGACAGGAUUACCUGGAGAUAACAAAUUCCCCCAUCAAAUGAAUGUUAAUAAUGUCUUAAAUAAGUAGAAGAUUAAAUGUCAGCAGGCAACUCUAUAAAUGUCAA